GACAACAGAAACAAACAGCUAGACACGGCACCAUGGCAGGGAUUUUCGAGCAGCAACGCAAUGCAGGGACUCUAUUCCUCGGCGGACAGAAAAUCAGCGGCCAGGACAUCCGCGACCAGAAUGUCCUCGCGACCCAAGCAAUCGCCAAUGUCGUGAAAUCCUCCUUUGGCCCCUCAGGCCUCGAUAAGAUGAUGGUGGACGAUAUCGGCGACGUGACGGUCACCAACGACGGCGCGACCAUCCUCAGCUUGCUCGACGUCGAGCACCCCGCCGGCAAGAUCCUCGUCGACCUGGCGCAGCAGCAGGACAAAGAGGUCGGGGACGGAACCACAUCGGUCGUAAUAAUAGCAGCGGAGCUGUUGCGACGGGCGAACGAGCUUAUGAAGAACAAGAUACAUCCCACCACCAUCAUCACGGGCUACAGGCUGGCGCUGAGGGAAGCGGUGAAGUACAUGAACGAAAAUAUCAGCACAAGGGUAGACUCGCUAGGCCGCGAGCCGCUUAUAAACAUCGCGAAGACGUCCAUGUCGAGCAAGAUCAUCGGGUCGGACUCGGAUUUCUUCGCUAACAUGGUGGUUGACGCAAUGCUGUCCGUCAAGUCGACCAACAACAAGAACGAGGUCAAAUACCCCGUCAAGGCCGUAAACAUCCUGAAGGCGCAUGGAAAAGGUGUCACCGAGUCGGUAUUAGUCAAGGGAUACGCUCUGAACUGCACCAUUGCCUCACAAGCCAUGAAGACGCGCGUCACGGACGCAAAGAUUGCAUGCUUAGACAUCAACCUACAGAAAGAACGGAUGAAGCUGGGCGUCCACAUUACGAUCGAUGACCCAGAGCAGCUGGAGAAGAUCCGAGAGCGAGAGUCCGGGAUCGUCAUCGACCGGAUAGAGAUGAUCCUGAAAGCAGGCGCCAACGUCGUGCUGACGACCAAGGGCAUUGACGACAUGUGCCUGAAACAUUUCGUCGAAAAAGGCGCCAUCGCGGUGCGGAGAUGUAAGAAGGAGGAUCUGCGGAGGAUAGCAAAGGCCACCGGAGCUACGCUGGUCAGCACGCUCUCUGAUUUAAACGGCGACGAGAAAUUUGAGCCGGCAUAUCUGGGCUCAGCGGAGGAGGUGGUGCAGGAACGCAUCUCGGACGACGAGUGUAUUUUGGUCAAGGGAACCAAAGCCCACUCGUCUGCCUCUAUCAUCCUGCGUGGAGCGAACGACUACGCACUGGAUGAGAUGGAGCGAUCAGUACAUGACGCCCUUUCGGCGGUGAAACGCACUCUCGAGAGCGGCCGCGUUGUUCCUGGAGGAGGAGCCGUGGAGACUGCUCUGCACAUCUAUCUCGAAGAGUGGGCAACAUCAGUGGGCUCCCGCGAACAACUCGCCAUCGCCGCCUUCGCAACUUCGCUCCUCGCCAUCCCCAAAACCCUCGCCAUAAACGCCGCAAAAGACGCUACCGAGCUUGUCGCGCACCUGCGCUCCCGACAUGCCCUUUCGCAACGCACACCCUCUGAUCCUUCCACUCCCGAGCACGCCAAGCAACUUGCGCGAUCCAAGAACUACAAGAACUACGGCUUGGACUUGGUAAACGGCAAGGUGCACGACUGCUUGAAGGCGGGCGUGCUGGAGCCUAGCAUGAGCAAGGUGAAGCAGUUGAAGAGUGCGGUUGAAGCGUGCGUGGCGAUUAUGCGCAUUGAUACCAUGAUCAAGCUGGAUCCGGAGGAGAGGGGUGGUGGAGAGGACGACGGCCAUGGGCAUUAGGGGUGAUGGUAGAGCGCUGUUGGGAUGUAUAGGGACUAACAGGUACCUACAGAACGGGCAUCAGGAGACCCUAGAGUGUAACAUACUCGUCAAAUCAGUAGAGUAGCUUAUACCCACCUGGGAAGUCCGUCUGAGCGGUGAGCGGCACCGCUCCAAAAUUAUCUGUAGCCCUUCUGGCCAGUGGACCUCCGAUCCAGCAUCCUUCAACUCUUGGAGACCUGACACAACUCAGCCCAACACGUUCUUAGAAGCACGACUAAUAAGU